AUGGGUGAUGUUGAGAAAGGGAAGAAAAUUUGUGUUCAGAAGUGUUCCCAGGGCCACACUGUGGAAAAGGGAGGCAAGCACGAGAAUGGGCCUAAUCUCCAUGGUAUCUUUGGGCGGAAGACAGGUUGGGCCGCGGGAUUCUCUUACACUGACGCCAAUAAGAACACAGACAUCACCUGGGGAGAGGAUACAUUGAUGGAGUAUUUGGAGAAUCCCAUGAAGUACAUCCUUGGAACAAAAGUGAUCUUUGCCGGCAUUAAGAAGAAGGGAGAAAGGGCAGACUUGAUAGCUUAUCUCAGAAAAGUUACUAAUGAGUAA